AUGAAUGUCAAAGGAAAAGUAAUUCUGUCAAUGCUGGUUGUCUCAACUGUGAUCAUUGUGUUUUGGAAAUAUAUCAACAGCCCAGAAGGCUCUUUCUUGUGGAUAUAUCACUCAAAAUAAGUAAACCCAGAAGCUGAUGACAGCAGUGCUCAGAAGGGCUGGUGGUUUCUGAGCUGGUUUAACAAUGGGAUCCACAAUUAUCAACAAGGGGAAGAAGACAUAGACAAAGAAAAAGGAAGACAGGACCAAAGAAAGGAAAAUGACACAACAGAGCUUCAGCUAUGGGACUGGUUUAAUCCAAAGAAACACCCAGAGGUUGUGACAGUGACCAGAUGGAAGGUGCCGGUUGUGUGGGAAGGCACUUACAAAAAAGCCAUCCUAGGAAAUUAUUAUGCCAAACAGAAAAUUACCGUGGGGUUGAUGGUUUUUGCUAUUGGAAGAUAUAAUGAGCAUUAAUUGGAGGAGUUCAUAACAUCUGCUAAUAGGUACUUCAUGGUCGGCCACAAAGUCAUAUUUUACAUCAUGGUGGAUGAUGUCUCCAAGGUGCUGUUUAUAGAGCUGGGUCCUCUGCAUUCCUUCAAAGUGUCUGAGGUCAAGCGAGAGAAGAGGUGGCAAGACAUCAGCAUAAUGUGUAUGAAGAUCACUGGGGAGCACAUCUUGGCCCACAUCCAACACGAGGUCAACUUCCUCUUCUGCAUGGAUGUGGACCAGGUCUUCCAAGACCAUUUUGGAGUGGAGACCCUAGGCCAGUCAGUGGCUCAGCUACAGGCCUGGCGGUACAAGGCAGAUCCCAAUGACUUUACCUAGGAGAGGCGGAAAGAGUCAGCAGCAUACAUUCCAUUUGCGGGGAAUUUUUAUUACCAUGCAGCCAUUUUUAGAGGAACACCCAUUCAGGUUCUCAACAUCACCCAGGAGUGCUUUAAGGGAAUCCUCUUGGACAAGAAAAAUGACAUAGAAGCCGAGUGGCAUGAUGAAAGCCACCUAAACAAGUAUUUCCUUCUCAACAAACCCUCUAAAAUCUUAUCCUUAAAAUACUGCUGGGAUUAUCAUAUAGGCCUGCCUUCAGAUAUUAAAACUGUCAAGCGAUCGUGGCAGACAAAAGAGUGUAAUUUGGUUAGAAAUAACGUCUGGCUUCAAAUUGUGCCAGUAAAUUUCUGA